AUGAACGACUCGUUUAUCCGCACUACCAGCAUUCUGACAGAGCAUUUCGGCUAUGCGCCGAUUGCUGUGGUCGACGAUGUCAUCAACGCGGUCAACCAGGUGCUAUAUACCGUGACCGACGCGAUGGAGGACUUUUUGAAAACGCGCCAGGCCCGACACCUUCAAAAAAUCGAACAGACCGCCAGAGACGCGUCCGACUACCAGCUACGCGUCGCCGAGCUGCCAACGACUAAGGAAAUUGAAAUCGGAACCGCCAAGAUGGAGACGCUGCUGGAAACCAAGGUAGACGAGAAGUUUGAUCUGUUUGAGCUCGACGCGUUGCGAAACGUGUUCAACGUGCCCUCUGAGCUAGUUGAAGGCGGCUGGUUCAAACUGGAGCACCACACGUUUGAUGCCAAGAGCGUUUCCAAGGUCAACGAGGACGCAGAACUCGACAGAGAGAUUGCCAGGCUGGAACACGAGCUGUUUGGAGGAGAAGAGUCUUUGAUGCGACAACAACAACGGCUCAAGCUGGAACUCAACCGACUGAAAAGAAUAGAGGCCACGGUCGCACGGUGUGGAUCGAGCUUCUCUUUUCUCACAGAUAGGAGUUCUGAGGCUAGUAAGUUGUAUAGGGAUGUUGUUCCCUUGGCGGAGAGUGUGCAGUUCCUGGUUAAUUCUACUAGGGGACUUGAACCCCAAGUACGUACGGCCAAGAGGAGACGGAUCGACAGAGUCAAUCUACCUGCGUCUGCCAGAGAUCAGUAUCUGGAUACAGUCACGAACCAGGCUAUUUUGAAGGCUGGCUUGUGGUCUGGACUGGACGAUGAGCAGGUGUCUCUAGCUGCUGAGUUCGCAAAGAGGGAUCAGAGAGAGCAAUAUCAUAGUGAAGAGCAGGAGCAGGAGCAACAGCAACAACAGCUGAAGGGGCACGAGGGAGUGCAGGAAGGAGAGCAGGAAGGGGAGCAGGAAGGAGAGCAGGAAGGAGAGCAGGAAGGAGAAGAACAGGAUGAACAGGAUGAACAGGGUGCACAGGACGGACAGGAUGCACAGGACGAAGGCCAACUAGAGGGACAGCAAGAGGAACAACAAGGAACUCAGCAAGAGGAGCACCAGCAAGAGAAUAACCCACAGCAAGAGAAUGUCGCCUCACGAGAAGCACAACAACCAACCACUUCAUUGCCAUCUCUAUCACCACCUCCAGACCCUCCCUCUGAACUGGAUCCUGACGAAGACAAGGAGAACAAAGCUCCUCGAAAUACAAACACUCAGACGGUUUCCAUGGAGGAUUUGGCCCAACCUGAACCUAUGGCUGAACCUGAUGGCGAAGUCGAACCAGAGACAGAUCUCCUGGGUUCAGAAGUAGCCCUCUCCUCAGAUCCCCUCAUCUCGUCAGACUCUUUGGUCCAUUCAGAGACUGAAAUGGAACUGUUCGAGGUAAGUGUUGAUUAG